AUGCCGAUUUCAUCUAAACGAAAUGAUGGUAAUCAACAGACAAUAUAUUAUCAUCAACGACAACAACAACCAACAAAUGAAUAUGAUGACUAUGUUCAUUAUCCAUCUUAUUCGAAUAGUAAUUAUGACUAUAGAGAAGAACCUGAACAAUCGAGACAAUAUUACGACAUACGUGCAUCGAAUAAUUCAACUGCCAUUUACCGAACGUGA